AUGUUACACCAGGACAACUGUCCCCUGGAUGGUAACGUCGGUCAGACAGACGGUGACGGGGAUGGCGUAGGGGAUGACUGUGACAACUGUCCGACGGACAUCAACACUGACCAACAGGAUACCGACGGGGAUGGACGGGGAGAUGCGUGUGAUCAGGACAGCGAUGAAGACGGUAAGGAAGGGUACACGAUUACCAUGACAACUGCCCACUGCAACUCAACGCCGACCAGACUGAUUCUGAUGGAGAUGGUGUGGGAGACGCCUGCGACAACUGCCUUAAUGUUCCAAACGCUGAUCAGUGAUGCUGAUGGCUAUCCGGACAGUCUGGAUAACUGCAUCAUGGUGCCCAACAGUGACCAACUUGACACAGAUAACGAUGGACGAGGAGAUGAGUGUGACGAUGACGAUGACAACGACACCGUUCUUGAUGAUGUGGACAAUUGCCGCCUCAUGCCAAAUGCGAAUCAGACCGAUUUUGAUGGUAACGGCAUAGGCGAUGUCUGCACUCUUGAUUUCGACAACGACGGAGUGCCAGAUGCUGAUGACGUGUGUCCUGCCAAUGACGUCAUCAGCCGCACGGACUUCAGGAAGUACCUAACAGUCAACCUCGGGGACCCCGACUCCAGCAACCCACCCCAGUGGGAGUUCAGAAACGAGGGCGCAGAGAUCACCCAGAAUUUGAACAGCGAUCCUGGAAUUAUUCUUGGCAUGACCAGCUUCGGCAGUCUGGACUACCGCGGGACCUUCUUUGUGAACACCCAGGUUGAUGACGACUUCGUGGGUUUCGUCUUCAGCUACCAGAGCAACUCCCGCUUCUACCUGGUGUGCUGGAAACAGGCAGGGGACGGCGCUGGCGGAGAAGCUGGUUUGCAGUUGAAGCUGGUGGACUCAACGACUGGACCUGGUGAAGACCUGGCAUCCGCUCUGUGGCAGGCAGUCAAGGUGCAGGGGCAGACCAAGCUCCUGUGGGAAGACCCCAACAAGCUCGGCUGGAGCGACCAAACCGCCUACCGCUGGGAGCUGAAGCAUCUUCCUGACAUCGGACUUAUAAGGCUGAAGCUGUACUCCGGCCGCCAGCUCAUGGUUGACUCCGGGAACGUGCAUGACGUGUCCCUGCGGGGCGGACGUGUCGGCGUGUACUGUUACUCCCAACAGGACGUCAUCUGGGCAGAUCUCGUCACCAAGUGCGAAGACAACGUACCUGCUGACUUCAGCCAGAUGUAGAGCGUGACCGUGACCGCGUAAAAUGCGACGGUCCAAGAAACUAACUGUAGCUCUGCACACUCUCCUGAUUGUAUUUUUUCUUUUAUUUCCGGAUUAACUUGAAAAGAAGCAAUCUUAUUGAUAAACCUGCAGCGAACAUAAAUAUCUAUACAUGUUCAGACAUUUACAGACAGGAUUACUCGGUGAUUCAGAGUUUUAAAAAGGAAUUAAUAAUUACGUUAUUAAUGUGAAUGAUGGCCAUUGGCAUGUAACAUAACUAUAGACCUGAAUUGUAAUAUUUGAAAAGAUUCUGCUAUCAACAAAGGAUCACCAGCUCUACCCUCUUUAUCAUCUUUAUUCCUAAUGUUAAACGCAGGUUUAGUAGUGACAACUUGAUGUAGCUGCAAACGCCCUUUCAAUAAAGCUUGAAGCAACAA